AUGAUGUACACAGGCACUGUAACCAUGGAGGCUCUCCCCAAGGCCCUGGAGGUUGAUGAAAAGUCUCCAGAAUCCAAGGACCUUCUGCCCAGCCAGACCGCCAGCUCCCUGUGCAUCAGCUCCAGAAGCGAGUCUGUCUGGACCACCACCCCCAGGAGUAACUGGGAAAUCUACCGCAAGCCAGUAGUCAUCAUGUCAGUAGGUGGGGCCAUCCUCCUCUUUGGGGUGGUUCUCACCUGCCUGGCCUACGCCCUGGUUCUGGGUGACAACAGCAGAAAGGUUCUUAAGAUGAUAGGGCCUGCCUUCCUCUCUCUGGGACUCAUGAUGCUGGUGUGCGGGCUGGUGUGGGUGCCCAUCAUCAGAAAGAAGCACAAGCAGAAACAGAAGUCAAGUUUAUUCCAGAGUGUCAAGUCCUUCUUCCUCAAUUGCUGAUGGCGGUGUCACCUUCUGUCCUCCCCAUCACCCUACCAGGAGAUUGAGAUUGAUGGCCAACUUCUAACAUCCAC